GGUUGAAGCGCCGUCUCUGGUCCUUCGUCGGUGAGGUUUGUGAAAGUUGCUGAGCUGAGGACCGUAAAAGCAGUUACGGGGCGUUCUUAGUGACAGCUUCUCGCCAGUGUUGGUGGGAGCUCAGAGCCUGUUAGAAUGAGAGCUGUGUGCUUUUCAGCGGUUCGAGACCAACUCAGUUUCUCUUUCAUUUAGCUUGGACUGGUUUGUAAACAUGGAGCAGCCAGCCAGUGUCAACUCAGAUCCUCUUCAGCGACUUGACGGUACCGGUCGUUGCGUACAAAUCCGCAACUGGAUUGGAUUUUGGCUCCUCGGUUUGUGCAACAACUCUUACGUGGUGAUGCUGAGCGCCGCACAUGACAUUCUCGAGAAACAAGAGUCACGAAAUGAAACGGCGUCUACUUCAGCCUCACUGCACGUGGACUUCCAAGUUGGGAACAGUAGCAACAGUAGCAUCUAUGACUGCAACCCUGUCUCUACUGCGGUAAAUAAAGGUUCACUGCACUGAUGCAGUAAAACGUUUGUUCUGGGUGUUUAGUGUCGAGACAAAUGUUAUGAACUUUUGACUGGUUCACAGUUUGUGCUCUCGUUUAGAAGCGGUGACUUCCUUUUAAAUGUUUGUUUUAAAAAAGACAAACGUCACAUGAUUGAUGAGGUACUGAAACUAGUAUAACACUUAACCAAAGAAGGAUAACAGCAGGAAAGCUUCCUACACUAAUAAGGCUAAUGUGUACAUAUUAACAGAAGCACAUUCAAUCAAUAAAUACAGUCCAAUAUCUGGUAUAAUAACAGAUAUACUGUAGAUUGUAUCUUAGAUAGUAAGUUAGGAAACAUGUUCAUGUUUGUAGUCAACAGUAUUUAGCGGAUCAUAAAUAUUUCAGGGGAAAAGAAAAAGGUCUAACAUGUGUUCUUAGUUUAAUCCACAAAACCCAAAAAUAAAAGCUGAGUUUUAUUUCUGGUUGUUUCCCAGCUUCAUUAAAACUAUUGACAGAUGUAUGAGGCAGCAGUGGUGGGGUGUGUGGUAGGAGUGAUGGAUGGGUUUAAGCUGGGGGUGGCAUCCGCACUCUUUACUGUGAGCCCCUUCUUGAUUGUGAUUGUGAUGUUCAGGCAGGAGUCUCUGUGGACGAUGAUGUUUGCAGAUGACGUUAUGAUCUGUAGUGAGAGCAGGUGGAACAGAGUGUGGACAGGUGGAGGUAAGCGUGGGAGAGAUGAGGACUGAACAUCAGUCAGAGAGAGAGAAGGUGAACAUGCAAGCAGUAGAAAUGGAGAAGGUAGAUAAGUUUAAAUGCCUGUAAUCAGUCAUCCAAAGUAAUGUGCAGUUCACAACAGAGAGGAGUGGAGACGAUUGUAAAGGGUGGUUUGUGACAGAAGAAUAAGAGGAGGAAUUAGGAAUGCAGUAAAAGCUGUGAUGAUGUAUGGUGUGAUAACAGUGGGCACUGGCAAAAGGUAGAGCUGAAGCUUUUCAUUAGGAGUGACCAGGAUGGGCAUGAUUAGAAAUUAGUAUAUCAGAGCGUUUGAACGUGUACAGAGGACAGAAACUGAAAAUGCAGGACAAAAGAUGUUAGAUAUGGAGCAGCCAGGCAGGAGGACAAGAGGAAGACCUCAGAGGAGAUUGAUGGAUGGUAGUGAAGGAGGGCAUAAGGAUGGAUGGUGUGGCAGAAACUACAAGCUGUAUCAUUUGUGUCCACAGAUGUUCAGUUGUUACAUUUUUCUUGGCAGGCUGUGCUGUUAGCUGACAUCCUACCAACACUCUUCAUCAAACUGUUCGCUCCCUUUGUGAUCCACAAAAUGCCUUAUGGCAUUCGAGUGUGGUUCUGUGCCAUCAUGGCAGCAACGAGUUUCCUCCUGGUGUCCUUCUCCUCAGCUGUGUGGAUGAGUAUUCUCGGAGUGAUCUUUGCCAGUAUCAGCUCAGGACUGGGAGAGUUGUCCUUCCUCUCUCUAACAGUAUAUUUCAGCAGGAGUGUACUGGAAGGCUGGGGCUCAGGCACUGGUGCUGCUGGUCUUAUUGGAGCCCUCCUUUACUCAGUCCUCAUCCAAGCUGGCCUUUCACCACGGGUUACACUGCUUAUCAUGCUGGUCGUCCCACUCACUAUGGUGGUAAGCUAUUUCUUCCUGCUGGUUUUUCCACCUUCAUUACCUCAGUGGAGGACCAAGGAGACUGAGUAUGCAGCUUUGGUCUCUGAGGACAGACAGCAACUUCUGGACAGUUCAGACGAGGAGGAGCCCGAGAGCUCCACCACAGCAGAAGACCAACCCACUGGGCCUCUCAGUUUCAGAGAGAGACUGUUUGUUAUCAGAGGCUUGUGGAAGUUUGUGCUUCAACUGGGAGUGGUCUACUUAACCGAGUAUUUCAUCAACCAGGGUUUGAUGGAACUCCUGUUCUUCCACAAUAUUUUCCUGACCCAUGCAGCUCAGUAUCGCUGGUAUCAGACUCUGUACCAGCUUGGUGUACUGCUCUCUCGAUCCUCUCUGCACUGUGUGAAGAUCAGGAAAGUGUGGAUUCUCAGUGUUCUGCAGACGCUGAACGCUGUGUUUCUUCUGUUAGCUGUACGUUACCUGUUCCUGCCCACUGUUUGGUUGGUGUUCGCUUUUAUCCUCUAUGAGGGUCUUCUGGGUGGAGCAGCAUAUGUCAACACCUUCCACUUCAUCAGCAAGGAGACUGAAGACAGACACAGGGAGUUCUCCAUGGCUGCUGCCAGCAUUGGAGACAGCCUGGGCAUAACUGUGGCUGGACUCAUAUCUCUUCCUGUCCACACUUACUUCUGUUCAUUAUAACCAAGCCCACACACUGACCAGCACGAUGAGUAAGCAAAACGUGGGUGCGUUCGAUUUUUAAAUCCGAACUGGGUUAGAGACAAAAAGCAGACAUUACAUAAAAAUGUCAAUAUAAAGUCUUUGACUCCACAUCCUGUACUUGCUGCAUAUUUAUAGAUAACAGCAAGUGAACUAUAUAGAAAGUCCAGAGUCCACAAAAGUGUUUUAUACCUUCAGCCAGAGAUCAAAUAAUAUCAAUAACAUCCUACCUACGAUCACAGAAGGUAAACCUGAAACAGAUCAGUGAAACCGAUAGGCCAGAAAAUAUUGUCUUGUUUUGAUGACCAGUUUCUUUGUGGUUUUCCUUCAUGAAAAACCUUCCAGUGGUUCACAGAACAAAAGCUUUCAAUGUGAAACAAGAUCGGGAUAUAUUUAAAUUUGACAUAACGAAUAAAAGAAAUAUAAAUGCAAUACAUUUUAAAGUCACAGAAGAGGAGAUGUCAUUUCAGCAAGUUUACUGUGUUUUAAUUGUGGUAACUAAAGAGUCAUCUUUAAGUAUAAAGUAUCUCUGAGCUGUGACCAGGCAGCCAGUAUUGUGUAGGAAAUCCCUCCACACCAACCUUCAACGCUAAGAUUUACCUUAAAAUCUAAACUGUUAUUUUACUGACCUUCAUUUUAACAGUAACUCCUCAAACUGAACUCUGGGUUCAGAAACAGUUCUAUGAAUGACUACUCAGCUAGGAUGUGCCAUUACUAUUUUCAAACUAUUUUAAAAGUCAGAGAGCUCAGUCAUUGAAUGCUGCAAUAAAAUUUUUGGGAGGUGAAAUUAUAAAACUAUUGCUUUCAGGGGGCAAAGUAGGUAGAGUGGUUGCCCCAUGAUCGGAAGGUUGGGGGUUUGAAUCUACUGAACAGCUACCCUGACCAAGGUACUGCUCCCUGGGCACUAGAUUGGUGGCUGCCCACUGCUUCACUGAGUGAAUGGGUUAAAUAAGAGGAAUUUUCCCACGGUGAUCAAUAAAGUAUACAUUAUUAUUAUUAUUAUUAUUUGAAGAAACUGUGAGUAAAUAUAAUGCUGAAGCCUGACGGCUCUCACUAAGUGCCUUCUAUAAUAAGUAGUUCUAUAGUUAAGAGUUUAAUUCAUGUUAAUAAAUAGCAGAGAUUACUUUCGUAUUUCAGUUGUAGUCAAACGUUUGCAAACACUCAUCGUAGAAAUGAAUCUGAAAUUUGGGAUUUUCAUUAUUUUUUUGACAUGACUAUAGGUGACUUCAAUCUUACUGAAAGAUUGUGGACUAUGCUUAAAAUCCAGGUUGGUACCAGGAAACCAAGAGAAGAAUAAUGGUCAAAUAUAACGUCAGAAUCAUGCCUGAUUGAGGUGGAAAUUUUUCCAAAAUAACUUCAACCAUGUGCAUCCAAUUCUCAUUUUCAAAGUCUUUUGUUUUUGCAGAUGCUGUAAAAUCAUUCCUCUCUGGGAAGAAAACAAUUCAAAGAAAUGAUUAAAGUCCAAAAUUACCAUGACAUUCAUGUCCAUGAUGAGUGUAUGUAACAAAGCGAGCAAAAAUGUGAGUGUAUGUAACAAAGCGAGCAAAAAUGUGAGUGUAUGUAACAAAGCGAGCAAAAAUGUGAGUGUAUGUAACAAAGCGAGCAAAAAUGUGAGUGUAUGUAACAAAGCGAGCAAAAAUGUGAGUGUAUGUAACAAAGCGAGCAAAAAUGUGAGUGUAUGUAACAAAGCGAGCAAAAAUGUGAGUGUAUGUAACAAAGCGAGCAAAAAUGUGAGUGUAUGUAACAAAGCGAGCAAAAAUGCCUUCUAUUAUAGUUUUUAAUACCAGGAGAUCAUUCGGAGCUUUAAAAUGCCACUUGUUUCAGAUUUGUACAAAAACAAUGUCACACACAGGUUUGUUUUUGUGAUGUUUAUCGUGUGCAACUUGACAUAAUUUUGCUUAGCUGUGGCUUUUCUGAUUCUAAUGAAAGACUGCUUGUUAAACUGUUGCACAGUUAGUCACUGCAGGUGGAGCACAGAACACCUGGGAAUGGCUGAGAUGUGAAACAAAGUUGAUUUUAAUAUUUUUGUUGUAAAAUAAAGAAAAUAGAGGUUGCUCAUGCCGUCAUGCUGACAUGUAUUUUACUAAAAUUCUUGGAAGCACUUUUGUUAUUUUUUUGUAACAUUGUGGGCUGUUGAAUUUGUUUUCUUUUCUUGGAAUGCAGUUUAUGUCCUUAAAUACUUGAUUCAUGUGUCCUGUUUUCUCCUGAACACUCAAACGCAGACCAACGGUCCUACUGACAUUCUAAUGACCACAUAAAGCUAAUGCUAAUGCUUAACUGGAAGAACCUUGUUACAACAUAAUAUUGUUUUUUAAUCUUUGCUUCAAAUCAAAUUUUACAGGAAAUCAGAGAUGAGGUUCACUUUGACUUUGUUAGCUUGCCAGUUAGCUACAAACAUGUGGUUGUCCUUUCUUGCGCAGCGAGCCGUGACAUUUCUAAUUGUACCGAUUUUUUUCUUUGAUAUAAAGUGUAUGUGUCAUAAA